GCUAGUUCUGAGAGCAUAAAAUCUGCAUCUUAUGUCUUAUCGAAACAACCGCAAGUUAAUGCAUUCAAAUUAACAUAUAAUUUUAAAAGCCAUAAAGAUUCUUCACAAUCCGAGUCAUAUGAUAUAGAAGAACUUAAAUCUGAUUUGCAUGAAGUUAUUGUCAAGUUGGAUAAAAAUAAAUUGUGA